AUGAGACUAAAAGGAGGAGCUGGUUCAAGCACAGGCAGUGACGUAACAAAUCCAAAAAUAGAUACUAUAAUGGAUGUAAUCGAAGCUCAAGAAAGUUCAAGAACAAGAAGAAUUGUGUCGGAAGAGUACGAGGGGAUAGCAUUAGAAUUUGAAGAGACGGCAGGAAAGUUAUUAAGAAAUAAUACGGAUAAGAAGGUGGAUUUCACCGCCAAAAAGAAGAAGAGUAAGAGUAGGGCUGGAGUAUUAUUAACAACGGACACGGAAGAGGAAGUUAUUAACAGAAUAAACAGAAAAGGGAGAAGAAGGGGCAAGAAGACAAAAAGUACAAGGGAACUAUACACAGAAUCGGAUACGAGUAGUUCAAGAUCUAGAAGUAGGAAGGAAAGGGAAAAAGAUAUUCUAGAAAAAUGCAAAGAACAGGGGGUUCAGACUAAAUACAUAGUAAGCAAUAUCAAAGAGAUAUCAAAGGACUUACUAUGGACAGAAGUGGUAAAGAAAAACAAAGCACCAAAACUAAAAGAGGCAAGAAUGCUCAAUCAUGCGGCAAAGUGCAAGCAAGAGACAGAAGUAUGUGCUUACUGCGCUAAAGAAGGACACAGGAUGGACAACUGUCCAAAUAAGAAUAAGGAUCCAGUAUGUGCUAAUUGCAGAGGGCCUUACACUGCAAGACACAAGUGUAGUAACCGAGGUCACUACGACAUAUCUUAA